AUGAAGAAAGGUAGCGUUCGACUCUAUCCCAUGGCUAUAUUCUGGUCUGUGGGUAUGUCCACCGCAGUCAUCAUGGAAGGAUACGCAGUCAUGCUGCUAUCCAGCUUCUAUGCUCUUCCACAAUUCAAUCGCAAAUACGGUCAACAACAACCAGAUGGAACCUUUGUGGUCCCAGCAUCAUGGAAAUCUGGCCUUUCCAACGGUACUCUGUGUGGAGAGAUCCUCGGGCUCUUUCUCACUGGUAUCUUCCAAGAUCGAUAUGGCUAUCGCAAGACUAUUUGUGCUGCGCUGUUGAUGGUUACUGGCUUUAUAUUCAUACUCUUCGUUGCGAAUGGCGUCGAAAUGCUGCUCGUAGGAGAGAUACUGUGCGGUAUUCCCUGGGGAGCUUUCCAGACCAUUACUACCGCUUACGCCUCCGAGAUCUGUCCUGUCGCCCUUCGAGCAUAUCUGACCACGUACGUCAACCUCUGCUGGGUUAUUGGCCAACUUGUAGUUUCUGGUGUGUUGAAAGGUGUGCUCGAUCGUCAAGAUCAAUGGGCUUACCGAAUUCCAUUUGCUGUCCAAUGGAUUUGGCCAAUUCCUCUGUUGGUCAUAUGCAUCUUGGCCCCAGAGUCUCCUUGGUGGUAUGUUCGACACGGCCAACUGGAUCGAGCAAAAAAGAGCUUGGAGCGCCUGAUGAGUCAAUCCAACGACAUGGCGGACCACACGGUUGCAAUGAUGCAACACACCGACCAGCUCGAGAAAGAGGCGUCAUCCGGUACAUCAUACUUGGAAUGCUUCAGACCUUCAAAUAUCCGACGCACGGAGAUUGUGUGCUUCGUAUGGCUGAUCCAAAUCAUUUGUGGAUCGCAGCUGAUGGGCUAUUCGACUGUGUUCUACGUCGCCGCCGGUCUGAACGAGAGAAACUCAUUCACCAUGUCCCUGAUUCAGUACUCAAUCGGGGCCAUCGGUACUAUACUCUCAUGGUUCUUGAUGUCUCGAGUAGGGCGACGGACGAUAUACUUGUAUGGCUUGGCAAUUCUCUUUGCUCUUCUCAUGGUCAUUGGAUUCGUGUCCUUGGCGCCUCGCAGCGACAAUGUAAACUGGACUAUCGCAGCGAUAUUGUCAGUGUUCACCUUCAUCUACGAUCUGACUGUUGGCCCGGUCUGUUAUUCGCUUGUGGCCGAGUUGUCAUCGACGCGGCUCCGCGCCAAAUCUGUGGUUCUGGCUCGGAACUUGUACAAUAUUGGCGGCAUCGUGGUCAAUGUCCUGAUCAACUACCAAUUGACUUCGACAGCAUGGGAUUGGGGAGCCAGGUCUGCAUUCUUUUGGGGCGGCUCCUGCCUCUGUUGCGCGAUUUGGACAUUCUUCCGUCUACCAGAGCCGAGUGGAAGAACAUACGCUGAGUUGGAUAUCCUCUUCGCAAACAACGUCCCUGCUCGCAAAUUUGCCACUACCCAAGUCGACGUGGUUCGGGGAACCAUAGUAGCGUAA